ACUACCUGUAAGUCAGCUACAGAGUGGAAGCCCAGCAGGAUGUGCGACGAGGAGACGUUGAGGCACAGAUGGAGACGAGCCGUGUUGUCGAUUUUGGAAUUCCAGCUGCACAGCAGAAAGAGUCGUUGACCCUGCUGCCUCCAACAUUGAAGACGGAAGAAUCUUGUAUUGGAACCAACUCGUUGCUUGUCUAAAGGGAAAUAGUAGGGUAAAGGAUAACCAGAGUUCCAACAACUCAAACUUAAAAACUGACACAAGGAAGCAAAAGAUUCAUUGGUGGCCGUGGUACGGGGUAUGUUGUGUUCCUGAAGAACGGAGCCGCCGGCAGCAGAGCAACACCACUAUCUCUCACAAGGACAGAGGGGAGGUUUUCAAAACACUCCCAGCAAAAAACAAAGAAAUGGAGGUGAAGUUUCAAGAACUCAACACCGCAAAAAGCACAUAUCAGACAGAUUUGAGUCUGAAAAAGACAGACUGGGGGCCCCAGCAGGCUGCAUCUAUCAAGCAGAGCCAGCAGGUAUCAGACAGUCUUGGGUUCAGCGUCCACGAUGAGGUUGUUGCCGCCGGCGAUAAGAAGUUACGGUGGUGGCAAUGGCGCAAGAGAUGCCAAGUGGUGCCAACUCUUGAAGAACAACGCCAUCUGAAGAGCCACCCCAGCUCCCACCAGGACAAGGCGAUGGUGUUGGGGGGCCUGUCGGAUACUAAAACAAGCUGGAAGAAAAGGAAGAAAAAUGACGAUCAAAAAACAAAUGUCACAUCCACAAACCAUAGUGUCAGAAAUAAGCAGUACAAGUAUCUUGGGUUUCCCAACCCGGCACAGAUCUGCUACAUGAACGCCAGCCUGCAGAGUCUCUUGACUCUGGAGGACUUUGUUGAAGACAUCAGCCGUCAGGAGGCAAUUUGGAGGUCCAACUCUGAUGCUGCACUAAUCAGAGCAUUAAUGAACAUCAGUGCGUGUCACAGCUCCAGUGAUGUCCAGCAUAAAAUCUCCUGCCUUUUUUCGUUCAAGAACACUGUCUCCCUCUCUGCACCGGAGUUUCAGGAUGUCAGCCAGAAAGAUGCGCAUGAGUUCCUGACUUCCGUAUUGGAUCAAAUACGAAAUCUGAAACCAUCGCAGCAGAGGGUGGCGGCCAGUGUGGGUCGAGCCUACAAAUGCCCCGUGGAACACCACUUUGUGUUCAAGAUGCAGAACAUCAGGAUGUGCCUCACGUGUAAGAUGAAAUUCACCAGAGAUGAAGAAUUCACCAACCUGUCCUUAGACCUGUUACCUGGAAUUGGAACAGUCGAGCAAAUGAUCCAAAAUUAUCUAAAGAGGACACUUGUGGAGUUCCAAUGUGAGUGUGGUUCCAACACAUCAUUGCAGCACUCCUCUUUCAUCAGCCUGCCAAAAGUGCUGGUCUUGCACCUGAAGCGCUUUGUGUUUUUUUCAGUCUUUGGGUCAAUAAAGGUCCGCCGCCCUGUUUGCCUUACAAAGGACUUAGUGGUGACAUCCAGACAAGGUGGCGCUUGCUACAGUUUGGUCAGUGUGAUCAAUCAUACUGGCUUCACAACAACCAGUGGACACUACAUCAGUGAUGGGGUGGACCCGGCAGUGGGAGAAGAGGACUUAACUGAUCGCUGGUUUACCUACAAUGACUUACAAGUUGAAGAAACAAGUUGUGUUUCUGUGUGCAACCAGCGUCAAACUACUGCCUACGUCCUUUUCUACAGAAAGCAUGAGUAGACGAUCCUGCAAGUCACCAACAAGUGUGUGAUAGGUUCCCUGCUCCUCUCUUGGCCUAUGGGUCCAAGACUUGUACCCCGAGUUGUGGCGAUAUGAGAGCCUAUUGUUUGGAUUUGAGCGCAGCAGAAAGGGGUGCCAAAAUAAUGUUCAGCACCCAGGGACAUAAGACAAAGGCAGCUUUUGUUCAGCAGUACAUGAGGAAAGCAUGCGGAUACGUAGCUCCAAGACAUUCAUCCAUCCAAAGAAGCUUC